AUGCCUAGAAGUAGAAAUGAAGAGGCACAGCCGAUUCUUGAUAGAAAUGAACAGGAUAAUAAUGGUGACGAUAAUGAAUUAGGAGAUCAAGAAUUUACCUGCUGUAAUCCUCGAAAAGCAUAUUACAGAUUUAUAGCAUUAAUUUUUAUGUGUUUGGUUGGAUUUGCAUCAUAUUUCUGUUAUGAUAAUCCUGGUGCACUUCAGGAUAAUUUUAAAUCCGAUCUGGAUCUCACGACGACACAAUUUGCUAUGCUCUACAGUAUUUAUUCGUGGCCAAAUGUCAUUUUAUGCUUUAUUGGUGGAUUCUUAAUCGAUCGAGUAUUUGGAAUUCGACUUGGAACAAUUAUUUAUAUGUUUAUUCUAAUGAUUGGACAGCUGAUUUUUGCAUUUGGAACGACUACAAAUGCAUUCUACAUUAUGCUACUUGGACGAUUCAUUUUCGGCAUUGGAGCUGAAAGUUUGGCAGUUGCACAAAAUAAUUACGCAGUUUUAUGGUUCAAAGGAAAGGAAUUGAAUAUGGUUUUUGGUUUGCAGCUAUCAUUUGCUAGAUUUGGCAGCACAGUCAACUUUUUGGUCAUGGAGCCUGUCUAUAAAUACUUUAAGCAAUACUAUACAGGAACGUAUGUUCUCGGCAUGGUUAUAUUUGCAGCAGCAUCAACAUGCAUAAUGAGUUUUACGUCUGCACUUUUACUUGGCUGGAUGGAUAAGAGAGCUGAAAGAGUCUUACGACGACAAGCUAUAGCAGCAGAAGGAGAAAUUCCAAGACUUUCUGAUGUCAAAACAUUCAAGGUCACAUUUUGGAUGGUAACGGUUAUAUGUGUGGCAUAUUAUGUUGCUAUCUUUCCGUUCAUCGCUUUGGGAAAAGUUUUCUUCGAAAGGAAAUUCGAUUAUUCACCGGAAGAGGCAAAUGCCGUGAACUCUGUCAUUUAUCUCAUUGCUGCAUUUGCAAGUCCUAUAUGUGGUUAUAUUGUUGAUAAAACAGGCAGAAAUGUGAUGUGGGUGUUCAUAUCAACUGUUGUGACAAUCGGUGCCCACGCAAUCCUUGCAUUUUCUUUUGCUAAUCCAUAUGUUGGAACGAUUACAAUGGGAUUUGCAUAUUCUAUGCUUGCAAGCAGUUUAUGGCCACUUGUUGCUCUCAUCAUUCCUGAAUAUCAGCUUGGAACUGCCUAUGGAAUUUGUCAAGCUGUACAGAAUCUUGGAUUGGCUGUUGUAUCGAUGUUUGGCGGUGUUAUUGUCGACAAUGGUGGAUAUUUGAUGUUGGAACUGUUCUUUAUUGGAUGGUUGAGUGUUGCACUUCUUGCUUCAGUCAUAAUCUGGUUACAUGACUUUAACAACAAUGGAAUUCUUAAUAUGUCACCAACUGAUCGAGAUGAAGUUGUACAAAAAGCCCUCACAUCAUCAAUUUCUAUAAACAAUGAAUCACCAAGAUCGUCAAAUGAGGAAGAUAACGGUGCUGGUCAAGCGAGAGAAGUCCGAAAUAAAUAUUUAAAGAAAAUUGGCGUCGGUGACACUGGAAAUUCAAGUGAUGAUUGUGAACCACUGUUACAGUAA